GCACGGACGACAAACAUCCGCACUCUAAACCGGACCUUGAAAACAUUCAGAUAUUCCGUGGUGCUGGAGAUCAUUCACAAAUGUUUGAACUGUAAUCUAGUAGUGUAGUUACGUCGUUUUUGUCGUUAUUGGCAGACUGAAUCGUCGACACAAACAGCACGAUGGCCGACUUCCUGCAGCUUCUCCACACGACAUCGGACAUGACGCCCGACAGUGUCCGCGGCAAAUCCAAAAAACAGGACAAGGAUAUUUUGCGGAAAGCGUUGUGGGUGUCGGCGCGCACAUCAGAGGAAAACUGCUGUCAGCACCACCAGGAGCGGACCGUCGCCAUCAAGCCAAAAGCGUUCGGAAAGUGCGGCGACGUCCAUGGCAAGAACCAGUUGUGGUCUCUGUUUUUCGUGAAGACGACAACCGGUAGUGCGCGAAACCACACCUUCGCGAAGUUUGUGCUCGCCCCGAAGAGUUUUGACUACAUCAACCAAGGCAGUGCAGAGGCGCAGGGGCCCGACGACUGGGACCACGUGGCCGACCUCGAGUUCGACAGCCGCUUUCUCGGAAGCUUCUACAAGUCGCUGCAGGAAGAAUUGUUCCUGUCCAUGCGUAAGAAGCACAGCACAAAUUUCAACUGGGCGAAAAACGACCACGUGCACAUCGGUAUUCUCGGAUUGCAAGCCAUCACGGAUUUUCGCGAGGUCAAGCAGGGUAGUAAGAAGGCAGCAACGAAGAUGAGCGGAACAAGUGCAAAUAACAUUUCCAAGUCAACUGCCGCUCCUUCUAACACCAAUCUACAUGAACCAGCCUCCGACGAGGACGACGAGUUUGAAUACAACGAAUGCCAGGAGAUCGACGACGAACGGGAGGAGACGAUGAUCAAGCACGUGAAGAAAAACGGGUGCAUCAAGUUUUGCAAGGACCCAAGCGUUGACUUCUUCCCUGUCAGCGACACUGCCGACGCCGCCUUUCAGCACUACUGCCGUGCUUUCUGCGUUUGGAAGUGCAAGCGCAAAUCCUGUAGCAACACAUGGACGUCGGCUUGGUGCUGGUUCAAUAUCAACACGGAGAACGGGUCGCAGAAAUCGGGGUAAUGUUCUACAUCAUCUUCAUCUAUGCCAACAAGUAAAGAGAAGGUGAUCGUGGUUUAUUGAGGACAAUAAAGUAGGCCUUUUUAUGCCAAAAGCGCAAGCCAUGCCAACAUGGUCACCAAUAGAUUAAGAUGAUGCGCUUGAUGACUCUUGGUAAGUAGUAUUCUUUCAUACGUGAUCGUGAAAGUCCUUCCUUCUGGUUUUCGUUUGAUGCAGAAGAUAUUUGCAGCUCAGUCGGAACUACAGUAGCACAACAUCCGGCAAACUAAAUCAAACAGUGCCCGGAAGGGGUUCGAGAACCAGUAUUGCAAUAAGUGUUGGAGGAAAGCGGAAAGGGAAAAACUUCCUGCGGAGGAGCACUGGGUGAACGGCAAAGUCGCAUCCUUCAAAAAGCCUGAUGAUACGCGCGCGGUCAUCCGAAAGGGCUUCGGUAAACGCAACGCUCAUCCGCACGAUCAGGCCAUUUGUCAAGUUUGCCAAAAUCUCCGCGCCCAAGGCUUCGAACGCGGCUGCAACACGUUCUCCCGGUGGACGAAACAAGGAAAAAUAAAAGUGAGUCGAAGCGGUUUCAAACUUGCAUCGACAAGAUAAGAUGUAAAUGUCUAUGCUCUAUUCCCGUACUAAAUCGAAUCGACAACUGCAACCUUCCUCAACAGGGAAAUCGUUGUCUGGUAGACAUUUACCACUCUGUAGUGCCUGCAGCUUCAUGUACAGGCGUUUUGUGUUUUUGGCGAAUUGAAGUGAACAAUAUGAAUCGUCUCUCUGUUGUAGGAACUAGAGCUAGAGAUUGAAAUCGGCAUUAGGAAAAUUUUCCAAAAAUGAACAGUGCUGCAUCCGUGAUUAUCCGCUUCUCUAUUGCUGCAGGCUCUUCCUCUUCCAAGUUUGUCCUCUUCCAACUUUGGUUUUUUUGCAAGCGUCGGAACGACAACGAACUGCGCGAAAAUAGAGAUCGCUCUGCUCAUCAUCUUCCAGAAUCGAGUCCAAUCGUGCAGCCGUGGUUCGUGAAGGCAAGUUGUGGCUCCGCAUAUAGAAGCCUUUUCCCAUACAGGAGCACGAGUCGCAUGUUAUCCCUGCGGAGACACUUCGGCUCUCUGUUCCCUUUCUUGUGCCUGUGCCUCCGAGCCUAGGCAUUAUUUCAACUUUCCGCUUCGG